GAGUGGGAGGGUUCGGAGCCCGGGCGCCGGAGGCCGAGCGGGCCGGGUACCCGGGGCUGGAGCUCUCACGGCGGCGCCGGUCCAGGCAGGUGAGAUGCGGCGGCGGCGGCUGCUGCUGCUGCUGCUGCUGUGGCUCUGCGGGCCGCUCGGUGCCCUGGCCCAGGACGCCCCAGCGGGGACAGCUCAGGCGGAGGACGUGGUGGACCUGGAGUUUUCCACCCAGCAGCCGCUCCAUCUCGUGAGUCCCUCGUUCCUGUCCGUGACCAUCGACGCCAACCUGGCCACUGACCCGCGGUUCCUCACCUUCCUGGGCUCUCCAAGGCUUCGGACUUUAGCCCGAGGUUUAUCUCCUGCAUACUUGAGAUUUGGUGGAACCAAGACAGACUUCCUUAUUUUUGAUCCCAAGAAGGAACCAACUUUGGAAGAAAGAAGUUACUGGCAAUCUCAAGUCAACCAUGACGUUUGCCGGUCUGAGCCCGUCUCUGCUGACGUGAUGAGGAGACUCCAGGUGGAAUGGCCCUUCCUGGAGCUGUUGCUGCUCAAAGAACAGUACCAAAGAGAGUACAAGAACAGCACCUACUCACGAAGCUCGGUGGACAUGCUGUACAGCUUUGCGAAGUGCUCAGGGUUAGACCUGAUCUUUGGUCUAAAUGCGUUACUAAGAACACCAGACUUGCAGUGGAACAGCUCCAACGCUCAGCUGCUGCUGGACUACUGCGCUUCCAAGGGUUACAACAUCUCCUGGGAACUGGGCAACGAGCCCAACAGUUUCUGGAAGAAAGCUCACAUUUUCAUCGAUGGGCUGCAGUUAGGAGAAGAUUUUGUUGCGUUGCAUAAGCUUCUACAAAAGUCAGCUUUCAAAAAUGCGAAACUCUAUGGUCCUGACAUUGGUCAGCCGCGAGGGAAGACAGUUAAGCUGCUGAGAAGUUUCCUAAAGACUGGCGGAGAAGUGAUUGACGCAGUUACAUGGCAUCACUACUACUUGAAUGGACGCGUUGCCACCAAAGAAGAUUUUCUGAGCUCUGACGUGCUGGACACUUUUAUUUUCUCUGUGCGAAAAAUUCUAAAGGAUUACUGGCUCUCUCUCCUGUUCAAGAAACUGGUAGGUCCCCAGGUGUUGAUGGUGCAAGUGAAAGGCCCGGACAGGAGCAAACUGCGAGCGUAUCUGCAUUGCACAAACACCCACCACCCAAGGUAUCGGGAAGGAGAUUUAACUCUGUAUGCCUUGAACCUCCAUAAUGUCACCAAGCACUUGAAGUUGCCAUAUAAACUGUUUAACAAGCCAGUGGACAAGUACCUUCUAAGGCCUUUUGGACCUGAUGGGUUACUUUCCAAAUCUGUCCAGCUGAACGGUGAAACCCUGAAGAUGGUGGAUGACCAGACUCUGCCAGCCUUAACAGAGAAACCACUCCGCCCAGGAACCUCCCUGGGCAUGCCUGCCUUUUCCUAUGGGUUUUUUGUCAUAAGAAAUGCCAAAAUUGCUGCUUGUUUAUGAAAAUAAAAGGCAUACAGUAGCCCCGAGAUGAAAGAGUUCAGGGGUGUUAUUCAUGAGAGUAAAGCAAAGCUCUAGUGGUCUGUAGGAAGGCCUCUCAGUUCCAGAGCCUUCAGGGACGGGGGCAUGCCUCAGUGCUGGCGCCAGUGUGACCUCAUCUAAGUCAGACACUAUAGGUAAUGGCAGGUAAUGGCGCCGUGUGCCAAAUGAUGCCUAGCAUUUUGCAUGCACUAUUUUGAGGGUUAUUAAAAAUGUAUAGGAAUGCCUUCGAUAUGAACAAGAGGCAAAGAAGUGAAGGAUAUGUCAUGAUUUUUUUAAAGCUUUGUUUUUAUUAUUAUUAUUAUUUUGGUUAGAAGACUGUCCAGUCUGUCCUUCAGGAGCCUCUCUGGAGCUCCGGCAGGGCAAGGCUCAUUGCCACAGCUUCAUACUGCCUGGAAAAGACACAUCUGCUCACACCUGACAGGAACUAAAAGGAAGAGAACUGGCCCCAUUCCUCUUCUCUGUUUUUCAGAAACCAUCUGUGAAAGGACAGAUGGGUGGGUGGGGUAGUAUUAAGAGCAAACAAACAAACAAA